AUGAUCUCGGCGCAUCAGAAGGCCCUUGUUUUCUCGAACCAGGCUGACUCGUCCGCGCACAGCAUCGAAGGAGCAACACCAGCAGACGACCAAAUUGCAGUCCCAGGAGAUAUGGAAGCUGAACUGCAGCACUACAACUUCCUUCUCGAGCAGCUGCUAGGCCUGAUCUCGAGCGGCGAAGACGAAUCCGUUUCGCGCGUGCUUUCUGUUAUCCGCUCGGGUGGCUCCCAUCGCCAAAUCCUCGACAUGAUCGAACAGCAAUCCGAAAGCGAGGGCAAAGCCGAAAGGAAUGGGGCCACAUAA